AUGCGACAUCCGCUGGUGCCCCUGUUACUGCUAAUAGCAUUCAUCACCGCAGUUUCUCAAGCCUUCGUACCCAAAUGUAACUCCUUCUAUGUUCGAUGGCCUCGUGUUCGUCUUAAUUUCAAAGCAGUUGCCGAGGCAAGACUCUCGUUGAAGGGAUGUCAAUCGGCGUGUUCAUUGGGAGAAGACCCAGUUAGUCCAGGAAAACAGUUAGAGUGUGCAGCAGUGAAUCAUCAAGCAUCACCCGAUGGUUUCUCCCAUCAUUGCGACGUUUCCAACCGCAUCAACUGCAAAAUGUUGACGGAUACGUCGAGGCUGAUGAUCGAUUCACAUUCUACUGGAAAUACUGUCUUUCAUGUGAGUUGUCCUUAUCAGAACACAUUUUCCAAAAGAAAAUUUUUUGCAGCCACUCGAAAAUGUUCCGGAGACUAUGCAUUCACCUACCUCUCCGACCGUUAUAUGGAUCAAAAAUCCGUUGUUAAGACGACAACAAAAGCUAAUCUAGAAGACUGUCUUUCCGAUUGUUUGGAUGAAAAAUCUUUUGAGUGUCGAUCCAUUUCAUUCAAUAGAACUGACGGUGGAUGUCAUAUGUCUAAGGAUUCGCAAAUCUCUCGACCAGAAGCUAUUCGCUUGAACAAUAACCCCAACUAUCGUAUUGACUAUUACGAGAACAACUGUUACAAUUUAUCCGAAUCGUUCACUUUCAAACAUGAAUGCAAGGAAAAUGGAAUCUCAGUUAGUGUGAAAUCUCGUCUUCCAUAUACUGGAGCUUUAUACGGACUUUAUGAUUUCUUCACUUGCCGAGUGGAACCAAAAGAAUCCACAGAGUUUGAUCACUUUUUCCCAUAUCAAACUGUUAGCAAAAACUGUUCAGAUUCUAUUAAAUAUAAGGGUAACGAAAUGGUUUUGGAAGUGGUACUAUCAACAGAUGGCAUUGAACCUCUUUAUUUUAUCACUCCUGAUGACUUGACUUAUCAAGCAAGGUGUCCAAUCAAUGGAGUAAAGGCUAAAGAUGCUCCAAACACCAAAUCAUCAGCUCACUUGGAUAAUAGAAACAAGGCGAUGGAAGCAUCGGCGCAUGCAUUGUUUGAGUUAUUAUCCAAAACUGGAGAUGACGAUGCAGCCACCACUUCGAGUAUUCAGAAUACUUUCUCUCUGCCAUUGACGACUACAACAGAAUUAUCAAGGCAAGUGACCAAGACAACAACAACUACAAAGAAGCCAUCAACUACCACAACCACAACCCCAAAACCAACAACUACCAAAAAGUCGACAACUCCUUCCACCACAAUCAAACCUUCCCCAGUUGUUGCCACGACUACCCCUACUACAACAACUCAAAAAACCACAAAAACUACCACCACGAUUCCCCCAACAAUUCCCCCAACAACUACAACAACAACGACUAAAAAACCAUCAACAACUACAUCUAGCACUCGUCGUUCCACUAUCAUGUCAGCUACACCAAAAGUUGCAAUCAUUGUGACAAAAGAAUCGAGUUUUGCGAGAGCCAGACUGUUCACUACAAAACAUCCAAGUACACAGAAAAUAUCAACUCUCGCCGGAAAACCAAAAGUUCCAGUGAUUUUCGACAUUUUCCACAAUGGACAAGCUGUUGAAGCUGUCGUAGUUGGAACAAAGAUCACUCUCUCAUUCCGUCCACAUUAUCCGAUUCCUCCAGAAUACGUGUCAGUUCGAGGAUGCCAAGUGGAGCCGAUUGAUCCGAAAUACGAAUGGGAGCACGAACCACUAUUCAUUAUCCGAGAUGGGUGUCCGGCUGAUGGUGUUGGUCUCGUUUGUCCACCAACACAUUCAGAGUUUGGAGCGAAGGUUUCAGUUGAAGCAUUCAGAUACCAAACAACUGGAUUAGUUCAGUACUCUUGUCUCGUGCGAAUUUGUCCAUUCGCUUCAUGUCCGAAGAGCAACUGCGAUGACGUGGAAGGAUGUGACAGCAGCUACAUGCAUAGAUACAGAAGAGAAUUGUCUCUUGAAGACAUCAAAAAAGCAUUAGAAGCAAAUCCAGAACUAGCUUCUCAGUUUGGAAUCUCGCCUUCUGCGUUUGCAAGAAACCCAUCGAAAACUCGAAACUUCACAAGUGUAGUUGAAGAGCAGCAGAGAAUUGCACUCGGAGGAGAUCAUGUCGUCCGACGACGCUUGAUCGUUGUUAAUUCAGAAGACCAGUUGAGGUAUUAUGUGAGAACUGGAAACAUUUGA